CUCCCACUCCAAUCCAACACCAACAUCGAUAUCAUAAAUACGUUUCUUAUCAAUCUUUAUCCAACAUGGCCGACCCAUUAUUGACGUCACUUUGCGCCAUCUGCCACAUCUCGGCACCCAAGUACAAAUGCCCCCGUUGCGACAUCCGUACCUGCUCUCUUGCCUGCAUCAAGAAGCACAAAGCCUGGUCCGAAUGCACAGGCGAGCGCGACGCCACGGCCUACGUUCGUUCCUCGAAGCUUCGAACACCCGCGGGCAUCGACCACGACUAUAACUUCCUCCACGGCAUCGAGCUGUCUGUGGAGCGCGCCGAGAAGCUCCUCGUUGGAGAGCGCGCGCUGGUGCAGCAGGAGGAGCUGCGGCCGUUGACUGUCCAGGAGAUUAAGUGGAAGCCUGGGCACGAUGGGCGCAAACGCAAGGUCCUUGUGACGAGGGUACUGAAAGAGGCGAAGGGGAGGGUGUUCGAGAGGUUCCUGUCGCAGCGGCUGAAAAAGCUGAACAUCAACAUUGUGUGUGCGCCAAUGGGAAUGGGAAGGCAGAAGGAGAACCAUACUACGCUGAAUCGACGAAGCGGGCGCAUCAAUUGGCAGGUGGAAUGGAUGAGCUUUGAGGCCAAGGGUGAGACCAAAGACGGAGUCAAGGAGGAUGAUAUGGACGAAGAUGACGAGGAAGAGGGACCGGGCAAGGUGCGAUGUCUGUCCAAAGUCAUGGAUGACGUCCCAUUGUACCAGGCAUAUCAUGCAGCGCUGGAGGAACAGCAGAGGGUCAAAGGCCAGCACCCGAGGCGGUUGACGCGAGGCGGGCAAGACCAUGCACAGGACCCAUCAGACUCGGCAUGGCCCAGCGCAUCAUACGCGUUACAGGACCCAUUGACUCGCACCUGGGCAACCUGCCAGGGCGCCGGCAUCGAAAUGUGGCCGUCAGAGAAAGACGAGGCUCAAAAACGUCGCUUCCAAUUUUUCCUGGCCAAGGCGCGGACACGGUCGGACCUCCCGUUGAGCGUAACACCCCUCCAGUCAGAGGACUGCUUCCGCGAUAUUCUCACCAACACCCGAGUCCUCGAAUUCCCGACCGUCUACGUGCUGAACGAAAACGAGACGCUGCCUUCAGGCUUUGUGCUAGGGCCUAAGGACGCUGUCGCUCCGCAGGGACCUAAUAAGAGGAAGAACCCACCUGGCAGGAAUAACACCGGCAAGUCGGCCAAGAGGAGGAAGAAUGGCGGAAAUAAUCUUGAAGAGGGCGAAGUUAACAGCGACGAGGAGGGAGGACAGUCGGGUGAGGAGGAUUACGGCGGCUCUAAGGGUGUUGCGCUGGAGGCAGGAGAUGUGAUUGCGGAACAAAGCCUGGGCGAAGAUGACGACGAUGACGAUGACACUACGAGCAGCUCGGGGAGCGAUAGUGAGUGAGUUGAAUCAAGGGAUGCGAGAGAUACGGAACCAGUGCCACGAGUAUUGGCUUGGUGAAGAACAAGGAGCUGGCUGUAUGAUGAAGCAAACAACCUGUAUAGAAUGUAAUAUGAUACCCAUAGAGUCAGGGAUAGAAUUAAAAGAAGAAAGUCUCGAUGAUCAAA